AUGGAUCCUCCGCCAGCAUAUCGAAUGCCCGAUCAAACGGCCAUUGAUUUGGGCGAUGCAGUGAAUGUGGAAACCUUAGGAGGCGUCGAAAAUCUUGGAUUUUAUGACUCUUCACAACAAUAUUCGCCCUCCGCUCAACAAGGUUAUGAUUUGAGUGGAAAUAUGUCGUCAGUAUCGUAUAAUGGAAAAGGGGCCCAUCACUUUCGCAAAUUGAGCGGCGGAGGACCUGCUGCAAAAUUUCUGGAAAAUCGUGGGUUCGGGUGGCUGCUAGAGGUGGAUGAUGAUGAAGUAGAACAGAAACCACUUUUGGAAGAGUUGGAUAUCGACCUCACCGAUAUUUACUAUAAAGUGAGAUGUGUGCUUUUACCGUUACCGUACUUCCGACUUAAAUUAAGUAUUGUGAGGGAAUCGCCCGAUUUCUGGGGUCCGUUAUUGGUCGUCAUGGCGUACGCGUUACUAUCGAUUUACGGGCAAUUCAGUGUGAUAUCAUGGAUUUUGACAAUUUGGUUUGCGGGCUCCUUUUUUGUGUUCUUUUUGGCUCGAGCCCUCGGUGGUGAGGUCAGUUACAGUCAGGUGCUUGGUGUGGUUGGUUAUUGCUUAAUACCGUUGGUCACGGUUGGAUUGUUUAUCCCGAUUAUUUCAAGGUUUCGAAUGUUAACAAUUGGUCUGGGUUGCUUCGGUGUGUUUUGGUCAGUGUACAGUGCUGGGACGUUGUUAUGCGUUGAAGAGUUACAAGAGAAAAGAACGUUACUAUUGUAUCCCGUGUUCUUGCUCUACGUUUAUUUCUUCUCACUCUAUUCAGGAGUAUGA